AUGACUGAUGUGCUGAAACGGUCAGCUUUGUCUUAUAUCAGGAUUGUUCUGGUGGGUAAAACUGGAUCAGGAAAGAGUUCAACAGGAAACACCAUCCUGUUUAAAGAGAAUUUUAAGCAGGGUAUUUCAGCAGUGUCAGUUACUAAAAUCUGUGAAAAAGCAAAAGAGAAGAUUGGUGACAGGACCAUCUCAAUCACAGACACUCCAGGCCUGUUUGAUACAACAAUGUCAAAACAAGACUUGAAGAAGGAAAUAGAGAAUUGUGUCGACAAGUCUGCUCCUGGUCCUCAUGCGUUUCUGCUGGUAAUCAGAGUGGGGAGAUUCACAAUGGAAGAGAAAAACGCAGUGAAAUGGAUUCAGGAGAACUUUGGAGAGGAAGCUGCUCCUUACACUAUCAUACUGUUCACUCAUGCUGAUCAGCUGAAAGGAAUAUCAUUAGAUGAGUAUAUCAGUGAAAGUAAUGAUCUCAAGGCUCUUGUUAGAGAGUGUGGUGACAGAUUUCACUCAUUCAACAAUGAAGACAUGAGGAAUCGCUCUCAGGUCACUGAACUGCUGAAAAAGAUUGAUAUGAUGGUGAAAAAUAAUGGAGGACAGUGCUACACAAAUACGUUGUAUCAGAAAGCUCAGAAAAAGAAAAAGUUCUGUAAGUGGUUAGGGAAACCUCAAAUUGUGCUGCUUGGUAAAACUGGAUCUGGAAAGACCUGUACAAAAAACACCAUUGCAGUUCAAGAAAGUCUUGACAGGAGAAAUUUGCGAGAUUAUGCUACUGAGAACUGUGAAGUACAUGUGGAUGGAAAGAGCAUGACAAUAAUUGACAUUUCAGAAAUGGAUGAAAUCAAGAAUCUUCUCAUGUCUGCUUCUGGUCCUCUUGUGUUUCUGCUGGUCAUCAGACUGGACAGAUUCACAUAUGAUGAGAAAAACACAGUGAAAUGGAUUAAGAAGAACUUUGGAGAAGUAGCUGCUAAUUACACCAUCAUUCUUUUCACUCACGGUGAUCAUCUGAAUGGAAAUUUAUUAGAUAAGCUUAUCAGUGAAAGGAAUGAUCUCCAGGCUCUUGUUAAUGAGUGUGGUGGCAGAUAUCACUCAUUUAACAAUAAUGACAUGAGCAACCAAUAUCAGGUCACUGAACUUCUGAAGAAGAUUGAGAUGACAAUGGAGAAAAAUGAAUGGAAGCACUACACUAGUGACAUGUACAAAAAAGAUCAGGCAAAGAUCCAAGACAGAGCAAAGUUCUGGUCUGGGAAACCAAGGAUUGUGCUGCUGGGUAAAACUGGAUCAGGAAACACAAGAGCAGCAGAAACUAUUGUGGGACAAAGGUUUACUAAGACCUAUGAGAAACAAGAAGCUUGUGUGGAUGGAAAGAAAAUGAAAAUAAUCAACACUCCAGAACUGAUUGAUGGACCUGAAGAGAAGAUAAAGAAUGAAAUAAAGAAGCUGGUCUACAUUUCUGAUCCUGGUCCUCAUGUGUUUCUGCUGGUCAUCAAACUGGGUGAGAUGUUCAGAGAGGAAAAUAAUAUAGUGAGAUUUUUUCAGGAGAACAUUGGAGAACAGGCUUUAUGUCACUCUAUCAUUCUAUUCACUCAUGCUGAUCAUCUGAGGGGAAUCUCAUUAGAUGAGUAUAUCAGAGAGAGACCAUAUUUACAAUCACUGGUUCACAGCUGCGGUGGCAGAUUUCACUCAUUCAGCAAUCAGAGAAGAAACAGUCAGGUCACAGAUCUGCUGGAGAAGAUUGAAAACACUGCAGAGAUGAAUGGAUGGAAGUACUUCACAAAUGAGAUGUUUGAAAAUAUUCUCAAUGAUUAUUUAUGUAAACUACGUAAUAUUGCAUUAACAGUUGGACCACUAGGAACAGCAGGCAUAGUAGCAGGAGGCAUAGUUUUGGGAGUAACAGAGAUAGUUGCAGCACCAAUAACAUUAAUUGUAGUAGGAAGUGUAGCUUUAUUAUUGUCAGUGAACUUCCAGAAAUUCGCGGAGAGGUUCGAGCUUUAUCAUAAAGGGCACAGUUUGUGUCAACAAACAAUGGAUAACGGAAUAACAGAAACUUCAGGGAAUGUUAGAGAGAGAGACGGAACUUCGCAAUUCAGGAUGGUUCUUUGGGAAGAACAGUACAAGCUACAGAGACCUUCAAGAGCAGACUACCGAGACUCUUCAAGAACUGACUCCUGA